AUGAUUAAAUCCUCUCCAAUAUCGAUUAUUCAUCUAACACUAUGCAUUGUAAAAUGUCAGAAUCAAUUGUUGAACACUUCGAAGCAUGAUCCAUUGAAUUCUUCGAAAGACAAUAUGUCUAUGAUCAAUGGUAUCCUUAUGGGUGUUGGAUUUUUCCUUGGUAUUGUAAGUCUUCUCACCUUGAUAAUCAGGUGUUUUAAGCCUAGAAGUCUGCAGAACAGUAAGACAGUAUUUGAAAUUAUCCAUCCUCAACAAGAUGAAGCUAAAAUAUGGUCGUCGAAUUUCACUUUGGAGGAAAUUCAUGAAAGUGUAGCAUCGAAUCAGCUGGAAAAUGUUCAUGAUAUGAAAUAUGCUAUCAGUUAUACUGGGAAUAAUUCUGCUGUAGACGUUGAUGACAGCGCUUCACUAGGUAGAGAGGAACAUACUUCUUACGAUACUUGGGGCGACACUGCUUCUAGACAUUAA